AUGGAAUAACAAUCAUAGUAUAACAGGAGACUAAAUUUUUGUGAAAUCCAAGUUGUUUGUCAGCAACAUGAGAUUAUUGUUAAAUUUAAGGAUAUCGCUGAAGAGCAGUACAUUUCUCUGCUUGAAAAUUGCUUGAAGCAGCAGGAAAUUAGUUUUUAUAAGAGUGAAUGUUAAAUUGAAUCUGAUUAGCAACUCUCUAAAAAAUAUAAUUUAACUGUGAGCAAAAAGAUUUAUUAUGAUUUUGUUCCAAUGAAAUUCUCAAAUGAAAACACUUAAAAUUCAUUACAUUUACAAAAAUAUUUAUAGUAGCUGCAGAAGUAUUUAUCGCUUGCAUGUUUAAGCUAAUACAUUUUGUGCAAAGAGCUAUUUUUUAACGAUUUUGCAAUUAUUUUACCUUCAAUGUUUUUUGGUGAAUCAAAACUAAAUCAAGUUAGAGAAUUCUUUAGAAUUUUUUUUGAUGAAGGCAGCUUCGAAUAAAAUAAAGAAAGUAUCCAAUAGCAAUUUAUCAUUAAUGAAUACCAAUUCUGUAUUGACAUUAUUAAGCAAUAACACUUCACAAAAACUUUAAACUGGAAAAAUAUUAAAAAGUUUAUUUAAUAAGUAGAUGAUAAUUAAGAAUUUUUUAUUGACCGCACAUAAAAUUUAAUAGUAGAUUAUAUCAAAAGUCCAAAUAUAAUAUCUAAAGUGCUCAAUAAUUUACCAUAGGAAAUCACAUUUUUAAGACUAAAUACAUGCUCGAUAUCGAAAUUAGAAUCGUUCUUUCCUAAUAAAUACAUACAGCAGGUAGAGAACCUUGAAUUGAUUUCUCUUAACUAAGAUCAAUAUUUGUUCGCUAAUUCUAGAUUAAAGGUUCAUCAAAUUAAUUAAUUUUAAGAACAUUUUUGCUGUUUAAAGAGAUUAGUUUUGGUAGAUUUGGUAGCAGAUGUUAUAAAAGCUAACAAAUUAGAAUAGCUCACCGUUAUAAAUAAUUACAGUGAUGUUUUUUACAUAGAAUUAGACUCUAACUGCGCUUUGUAAUCUUUAAUUGUUUAAAGAGUUAAUGCGUUUCAAAUUAAUGAAGUAUAAUUUUUGUAAAAUUUGUAAAAACUAAUUUUAUUUGAUGUUGAUAUCUUAGAAAAGGAUCUUUAAAUGAUUCUUGAUAUAUCAUUUAACUUGAGGUAUCUCAAAAUGAAAGAUAUUCAUUUUAUCAAUUGGUAGCUACAAAUUAAAAACUAGAAUUUAGAAUACAUAAGUUUGGAUACUAUGGAAUUCGAAUAAGAAAUAUCAGAUAUUUUUUGUUGUGAAGCUUAUCCCACUGUGAAAUACUUUGCUUACAUUAAUUGUAGGAUGCACACUGAUAUAACCUUAAAUUGUUUUAAUAAAUUUAAAAAUGCCUAGGAGUUAUGCUUGAUUGAUAACACACUUGGCGAUCACUUUAAGUUAGAUAUUUCUGAAAUGACUGAGCUUAGAAAGUUAACUCUUUUGUGCAAAUAAUGCAAAUUGUAUAUCAGCGAUGAAUCGAAACUUUAAAUCUUAGACUUUAAAAAUACAAAUGUGAUAAACUUUGAAAAGAUAGCUAGCCUACUUAGCUCUAGUGCACAAUAAAUUAAUAUUUCUCAACAAGUAUUUGCAGCAAGCUUUGUAAAUGAAGUUAAGAAACUUUCCUUCAGCAAUUUAGUAUAAAUAAAUUUAUCUAAUUCAAAGUUAAGUGGAGCUCUAGAUUUUUCAUAAUUGUGUUGCAGUGCAAGUAAUUUAAAGCAAAUAGAUCUUUCAAAUAAUUAAAUUACUGAGUUUAGCUUAUUAAGUGAAAAUUCAAAUUUAAAUACUUUAAAUUUAUCUUAUAAUGCAUUAUAGAAUGUACUGCUAAAUAUUAAUUCAGUAAAUAAUUUACUCUUAAACAAUAAUUCACUCAACAAAAUAGAGUAAAUUAGUAUACAAAGAGCAUCAUUCAUUUGUUUACAUAAAAACAAGCUAGAUAAUGUUUAAAAUUUAUUAGAAUAAGCCAAUUAAGUAGAAGAACUAGACAUUUCAUGCAAUAACAUUGAAGAUUUAACCAUUUUAAGUAUAUGUAAAUUGAAAAAGCUUGAUGCCUCUUGUAAUAAAAUCAAAUAAGUUCAUUUAAUAGGAGAAAUAGAUAAUCUCGAUUUGACAAAUAACUAACUUCAACAACUUAUUUUGAGUGAGGAAGAAUAAAACAUUAUAAAAAUCAAGCAUUUAACAGCGAAAAAAAAUAAAUUAGAAGAAAUUCCUAAAAUUUCUAAUAAAAGUUUGUUAAGGCUAGAUAUUUCUUAUAAUUAAAUAAAAACUAUUAAAUAGCAGCAACUGACUUAUGAUCUACUUGAAAAUUUAAAUUUAAGCAAUAACUUGAUGUAAAGCUGUGAUGAUCUAUUCUAAAGCAAGUCUUUUCCUAAAUUAGAGAUUUUAAACCUCAGCUCAAACUUAAUCGAAUCCAUAGAUGAGAAUGUUGAUAAUUUAUAAAGCUUAAAAGACUUAAAUCUCUCUAAAAAUAGCAUUGAUAGUGCUGACCCUCUAUUUGUCUAACCUAAUAAUUUAGAAAAAAUUGAUUUGUCGUUCAAUAAUUUGAUUUCUUUGACUCGUUAUCAAAUAAAUUCAUAAAAUAAAAUCAAAAUUCUUAAGUUAAAGAAAAACACUUUAACUGAUUCUUCUUUAAACAAAUUUGCUAAUUUGAAUAAUCUUGAAAUCUUAGACAUAUCAAUGAAUUUAUUCACUGACUGCAUUAAGUUUUAUCAUCAGUUACCAAAAUUAAAUUCAUUAACAUUAGCUCUAAAUAACUUAACUAACGAAGGAAUAAAAAAUAUUUUUGAGUGUAUUUAAGAUAUUUUUCCUUCACUUGAAUAGAUAGAUAUCAUGCACACGUAGGGAAAUACACUACCUUAAUUGAAAAGUACCAAAAUUAGUUACAUAUACUAAGACAAUAACUUUUUCUUUGACAAUUUAGAACAAAAUAAAUAGUUAUACAUCAAAGGAAUCCUUUUUUAAUCUUGA